UUUGAGAGCCCGCGAUUUUGUCAGGUGGCUGCGCUCCGCUUGUCCUGAAAGGUAGAUGCCGUUUUAUCGCAGUUUUUGCCAUUGCAUGCAUGCCUAAUCAAUUAAUAAUAUUAUCCAGCUAUCUACUCUUGUGAUUUUGUGAACAUCAACGAUUAUCAUCCGUGGAAAUCCAAUGUAUACCUUGGCGCUUUCGUCGCAAUUGUCAACAACGUGGUCACAACGCAUGGCGACUACGGGGAUUACAGACAGCUGGGCUGGAUGACUUUUAUCAGCAUUCACGGGUUUACCAAUGCGCUCGGAACCGCCUCACCAUGCCGAAGGACCCGAAGGCCGAUGAUCCCAUGGAGGAUGUGGAGGAGGAGGAGACUGGCGAGGGGGACGCCACCGCACAGCUGAUGCGCAACCCGGCCGUGCUGGCCGCCCUGCAGGGUCGCCUGGACGGGCUCGGCUCGCCUUCCAGCUACAUUGAGAGCCUGCCGAAGGUGGUGAAACGGCGGGUCAAGGCGCUGAAGAACAUCCAGCUCAAGGCCACCCACAUUGAGGCUGACUUCUACAAGGAAGUGCAGGCCCUCGAGUGCAAGUACCACAAGCUCUACACACCUCUCUAUGAGCAGCGGACUCAGAUCUUGUCCGGCGCGUACGAGCCCACCGAUGCUGAGUGUGAGUUCCCGCUGGACGAGGAACUUAGUGAUGAGAUGCAGGAGAAGGCGCAGAUCGGCGACGCGCCCAAACCGCCCGCCUGCAUGGACGAGAACACUAAGGGCAUCCCCGAGUUCUGGCUGACGGUGUGUAAAAACGUGGACCUGCUGGCCGAGAUGAUCCAGGAGCACGACGAGCCCAUUCUGAAGCACCUGACCGACAUCCGAGUCAACUUCAGCGAGGCGCAGCCCGAGGGCUUCACGCUGGAAUUCCACUUUUCACCGAAUGACUUUUUCACAAACACUGUGCUGACCAAAGAAUACACCAUGAAGUGCACACCCGACGAGAAGGACCCGUUCUCCUUCGAGGGACCCGAGAUCAUCAAGUCCGUGGGCUGCUCCAUCAGUUGGAAGGAGGGCAAGAACGUCACUGAGAAGACCAUCAAGAAGAAGCAGAAGCACAAGUCGCACGGCAACACGCGGACCGUCACCAAGACGGUGCAGAACGACUCCUUCUUCAACUUCUUCAACCCGCCCUCCGUGCCCGACGACCCCGAGGCUGAAGUCGACGAGGACGUGCAGAACCUGCUGUCUGCCGACUUCGAGAUCGGCCACUACAUCCGGGAGCGGAUCGUGCCGCGGGCCGUGCUCUACUUCACCGGCGAGGCGCUGGAGGAGGACGAUUACGACGACGAGGAGGAAGAGGAAGAGGAGGAGGAGGACAGCGAGGCGGAAGAAGAGGACGAAGACGAAGAGACGGGUCGGCCGGCGCGCAAGGGCAAGUCCAAGGCCGCCAAGGCGAAAGGCGAUCCUCAGGAGUGCAAGCAACAGUGAUUUGAAGGGUACGAGACCUGCUAUUCUGGAAAUCUCAGGCUGCUUCGUGGAGCCCUGAACUGCAUUUCUCGCUCAUGUGUCUCCUGUCGUCCGCACUGGUGUCAUGUUCCGCUGCUAACAGUGCAAGUCAUCGAUGAAUAAAGUGGAUUCUAUGCGUUCUAA